AUAAAAAGCAAUUCUCCUUCUUCUUUCCACUAUAAAAAGGGGCUAUGAAAAUGGCUCACUUACUUAAAACCAGGAAGCUUCAAAAGCUCAACAAUGGCGGCCAACAACCAUUUGAGCCUUCUUCUUCUUCUUGUUCUUUUUCAGCUGUUUAAUUCAGGAAGGGGCGAAUUGCAAAUGAAUUAUUAUGCAAAAAGUUGCCCAAAAGCUGAAGAAAUUAUAAAACAGCAAGUUGUUGAUCUCUACUAUGAACAUGGAAACACUGCCGUUUCGUGGCUCAGAAAUCUCUUCCAUGAUUGCAUUGUUAAGUCUUGUGAUGCAUCUCUAUUGUUGGAGACGGUGGUGGGAGUGGAAUCAGAGAAAGAUUCAAGCAGAAGUUUUGGAAUGAGAAAUUUCAAAUACGUAAAUACGAUCAAAGCCGCCGUUGAAAAAGAAUGUCCUCUCACUGUUUCUUGUGCUGAUAUUGUUGCAUUAUCCGCUAGAGAUGGCAUAGUUAUGUUAAAAGGGCCUCAUAUAGAGUUGAAAACAGGGAGAAAAGACAGCAAAAUGAGUUAUUCAAAUCUUGUCGAAGAAUUGGUUCCACAGCACAAUGAAUCUCUUGUCAAUGUUCUCUCCCGCUUUAAAUCAAUCGGUAUUGAUACUGAAGCAACCGUCGCUCUUUUAGGAGCCCACUCGGUAGGUCGAGUUCAUUGUGUAAACUUAGUAGAGAGACUAUAUCCAACCGUAGAUCCAACCAUUGAUCCAGAAUAUGCAAAAUACUUAAAAAUGCGAUGCCCAACACCAACUCCAGAUCCAAAUGCAGUAUUGUAUUCAAGAAACGACCGUGAGACUCCGAUGAUUCUGGACAAUAUGUACUAUCGUAACAUACUUGAACACAAAGGGUUGCUCAUAGUGGACCAAGAAUUGGCUUCUAAUCCUUUAACUUUACCCUAUGUCAAGAAAUUUGCUACUGAUAAUCUCUACUUUCAUGCCCAAUUCUCUAGGGGUAUUCGUUUGUUGUCUGAGACUAAUCCCCUCACCGGAGAUCAAGGAGAGAUUAGGAAAGACUGUCGCUUUGUUAAUUAAACUCAAUUAAUUAACUUAAUUGAGUUGAUUAUGGGAUUAUAUUGUAAAGAAUAAAAAAAUGGUGGUUGGGAUUGCUUUUACCUUAUUAUAAGGAUGUGUAAUUAUUUACGCUAAUUACAAGUCUUUCAAGUGUAUUGGGAUGUAGCCAAAGUGAGCUUAGCUCAACGGUAAUUGGCAUGAUCUUCGGUCGAAUGUUCAAUCUCCAUCCUUGUUAUAGUGAGAAAAAGAUGUGCAUUGUGAUGUAAACUUUUCAUUUUAUGCAAAUUGGGUUCUUACCAUUCCAAAAAAGGAAUGGGCUAAUA